AUGUCCAUCUGCACACGUUGCCACGUGAUUUCCCUCAACAGUCGCCCAGUCAACGCGUCGCUGGCAAGCAGGAUCAACGCGUCGCUGGCAAGCAGGAGACCUCGAGCCCGGAUGGGUUCGACACCGAUGCAUACUGUAACACGAGGCAGAGCUGCUGGCGAAGUUCCGCUCGACAAAGGCUAAGGUACAGUACAGUAGAGUAUGACCUCACGAGCAAACAUGGGGAUACAGGCUUCUUGGUAGCGGCUGUGGAGGGUGUGGGAGAAGGGUGCUUGGCGAAGAUAAGAAACACCGGGGCCAUGGCUGAGCUGGACUCGUAUAGGAACACGUACGCCCUUAAAUGUUUUAUGCUGUUUUAAGGCUUCGUCACCACCGAGGUCGGAAUGCAGUUUUUGAACAUUCUAUGCGGAACACCUUGGUGGUUAAGUCAUUAAAAUGAGCAUUUCUCGUAA